AUGGAUGUGCCGCUGAGUAAGCUCGAAAACUUGCCGUGGACCUUGGUUGAGUGUUUACUGACCUACCUGGUUCGGAAGACGCCAAUCGGCAUGACAUUCGCCGAUCUGAUGAUGGACUCGAAGGCCUUUCCAGACCCUAGAAUGUUUGAUCCCGAGAGAUGGCUCGAUUCUCACCCUCUUUACGCCCAGAGCACGAAAUGCUUCUUCCCUUUUGGGCGCGGACACCGCAAUUGCAUUGGACUCAAUCUUGCUUGGGCAGAGAUGUACGUUGCGCUUGCAAAAGUUCUGCGUCGAUUUGAUCUGGAGUUAUACGAUGUAAUCAGAGAAAGGGAUAUUGACCACUACCGUGACUGCUUCCUGGGCGAGCCUCGGGAUGACAAGAAAGGCGUUCGGGUCAAGAUUCUUCGUCUUUUGGACUAA